GUGGGCGCUAGUCGGAUAGCGGAAGUUCGUGCCUCUGGAAGCUGCAGUUCAGGCGGAUCCCGUCAGUGUCUAAGCAUAAACUUUCUGUCAAACCCGAAAAACACACGCAAUCCGGUGACAUGGGGGAUAAGGAGUUGAUGUGGGCCCUUAAAAACGGAGAUCUGGAUGAGGUUAAGACUCUCCUGGUUAAGGCGGAGGAUGUGAACCGGACUCUGGAGGGAGGCCGAAAGCCUCUUCAUUACGCUGCAGACUGUGGUCAGAACGAGAUGCUCGAGUUUCUGCUGUCGAAAGGAGCCGAUGUCAACGCUCCGGAUAAACACGGCAUCACCCCGCUGCUGUCCGCCACUUACGAGGGUCACGUGACCUGCGUCAAGAUUCUUCUAGAAAAGGGUGCUGAUAAGGAACGUAAAGGUCCGGAUGGUCUCAGCGCGUUCGAGGCGGCCGAAAGCGAGGCCAUUAAAGCUCUACUGAAGUGAGACGAACGCUACCGGCAGCGAGAGGUUCUGACCACAACCACUGGAUCCACACACACACACACACCUCUCUGUCUCUGCCCGCCGGCUGCAUCAGCUCCUCUAGGUUUCCUUUUUGUUUUGUUUUUCUUCAUGACCUAUUUUAUGUUAUUUUAGGGGAGGUGCUUGAAUGCCCCUUUAGUUUAUCGGCGUCAGCCAUUGGCUGAUGGACCUGUCACUCAAACCUACGGACCAAUGGGAACGCCUGUCUAACACCACUAAACACGGACCUUAGAGUUCAGACUACAGCGCAGACUCUGCGAGUGUAUGAUGAUGAUGAUGAUGUGUACAUUUAUUUUUCAGACUGUUGCGAUUGCUGUUAGAAGCGAGUGGGUUGUAUAGUUAACUCUGAAAAUGUUGGAAAAAUACUAGCGGAUGAAUUUCCCUGCACUCCAUUCCCACGUUUCCCUCCUUCAGCUUAACGUCAUUCCCACGGCCGUCGCGUUAGCGGUUCAAAGAACAAAUAACACACUUCAGACGCUUGAAUCGUUCUGCUGACCUGCACACUUUUUGCUUUGUGCCCUUUUGAAUUUGUGUUGUUGUGGCAAAAAUAAAUGAAUUCUCAGCUUCUGUGUGCUUGUAGAGUUAAACAGGUUUGAUCAGAUGAGGGACGCCCGUCUCUCUCUCUCUCUCUCUGCAUGAUGGUGUUUUUAGCUUUUCAAGACAGUCUUAAACAAAAAUUUACAUCGAUUAGCAAAUGAACAUUUUGAAGAUCCAUAUCUGG